AAGCCAACAUUCCAACACAAAUUUCAAUCUCAGAACUGGUAUGCUAAUUGCAGUUCUUAUUCUCAAAGAACAUUCUGCUUUUGGUAGCUUUGUUGGAUAUACAAUACAGAAGGCUUUGAUGAAAGCAAAGUUAGAUUUCUUCUCAGAUUGCUAAACUAUUAAUAUAGUUGCUUGUAGUGUCUCUGUUUAUUCCUUAAAAAAUUCAUUUGGAAUAUAAUUCCAAGGAGCAAAAUAUAAAGGUCAGUGCUGAUCCUCCUUUCUUGCUUUCAAGUGUUAAUGAGCUGACUGGGGAAGCUACUUUCACACGCAUCUAGGCACGCCAUUUGGCGCACUUUCGAAUCCCAUGGCUGAUAAGGUAUUGCCUUCAAGAAGCUAUAGCGGUGGGAUUUUGAAAUGGUGGGGUUCUAAGCUUCAUCUUUCAUAUGGGUGAUCUUUGGUUUUGGGAAUUUUUAAACCAUUUUUUGUUCUCGAUUAGAGUGUUCUGUUUUUGUUUAUUUCUGUCUCUUGACAUGCCAAAUGUCCUGAUUUAUUCAUUUAUUCAUUAGAUUCAUGUUCAUUGAUUUUUAAAUUUGAUGUAAAGAGCAUGUUUGUGUAGCUUACUGAAAAUUUAAGAACUAGAGCUACAAUUAGAAGAGAAGAAAGGGGAAAUGGAAAACUAAUCUGUAAUUUGAUGAAAUUAAAUUAUCAAACGGUGUUCACGAUCCUUGGCCUUGGAUUGGCUAGACACUACCAAUUUAACCAGCUAAAACAAGUACUAUUCAUGUAUAACAUUUCUAAGUUUCUUUCUCUCUCUCACCUUAACUAAAUCUUCACGAGCUAUAUCUUACAUAUUAAUAUUAAUGCUAAUGUUAACCCUCCUUUUAAGGUUUAGGAUUCGUACCCUUUUUAAUUGGGUUAUUUAAUUUAGGGACUUUGCUUUGCAUUCUCAUUUUUUAGAGCAUGUUAUCCCGCCCUUUAAGGUUAGGAUUCAUACCCCUAUUUAUUGGGUUAUUUAAUUUAGGGAAUUUGCUUUGCACUCUCAUUUUUAAGAGCAUAGAUUUGCAAUGUUGAGUUAUUUAAUUUAGGUAUUUUGCUUUCAUCUCAUUUAUUAACAUGGUUAUCAUUCUCAAAUCAUAAUUUUGGAGAAAUAGGUAAGAAACGGGUGAGGUUUUUCAUCAAAAGUUACAUCUUCAAAAAAUGCCUCUUUGGGUUUUAUCUCCACGAAGAAUUGCUUGCCCUAGAGAUAUAAGGCAUACUUGGCACCAGCUGAAAACGGAUUGGGGAAAUCAUGUAGUCGUCAAGAGUUGUAAUAUUAGCUUUGAGUUUUUUAAUAAGUUUUUUGACAUAGUGCUGUUGUCCAACUGCAAUUUUACAUGGUGAAGACUAUGAAAAGUUCAAAAAUCUACUAUUAAUGUUAUUCCACUGUCUCUUGGACUUGAAACUGCUGGGAGUGUCAUGACAGUUCAGAUAACAGAGAACACAACCAUUCAGGAAAUAGAGAAGAUGUUUCAAAAGGCUGAGAAGUACAAGGCUCGUGAUGAGGAGCAUAAAAAAAAGGUCGGUUGGAAAAUUGUGUUUACCACAUGAGGAUUGAGGAAUAUACUGAAGAAUAAGAAGACGAGAUCAAAGAGCAAAUAGGAGCUUCCUAUCUGCACACUACAUUAAAAACCCUAAGACUAUAAUUUAAAAGUCUUUCACCUAGCCUUCUUCAUCAUAUGUAUAUUUUAAAUACCGCUCUAACGAUCACAAUCACACAUUUUAUGUUUCCCGAUUAAUUUCACAAAAUUGGGGGGGGGGGGGGGGGGGUUCUUAAAAGUUUUUUCUAUUUAAACGUUGGUUAUUUAAUAAUGAACUUUUAGAGACGUUGAGAAAGUCAAUUGAUCAUACUCAAAAAGUGAGAACCAAUUCCAUGCCUCCAAAACUAAUAGGGAAAAACUAAUCAAUUUGCUUAAUUAACAUUCUUAGAUUGUAUUCUAAAUACAUUGAGUUCAAAAUAAGCAUAGAAUCCAAUCCCCACCCCUCUUGAAAAGCAUGAAAAUUACGUUUUGUUUACCAAUGGUUCCACACUACCAAGACAAUUCCACAAGUUUUCCCUAUAAAAAUAUGCAUUGCAAAUUCCAUUCUUCAUUCUCUUAUAACCCAACUAAUAUAUCAAAACAAAAAGAAAAAAAACAGUUAUUGUCAAAAACCAAAAUUACAAACUUAAGUUCAUUUCUUCAACUUGUCAAAAAAAAAAAAAAAAAAAAAGUUCAAUUGUUCAAAGCCAAAUUCAAGAGGUAGUAAAACGGUGAAAAUAAUGCGAGUUAAGACAACGGUACUUACUUUCCAACCAAAUUAAAGAGCCAUUAUAGGGAGUUACAAAAAAUUAAGCACUCUAAUAACGGAAAUCAAGCAUAAUUAAAGGUUUCAAAAUACUUUUCAAAAAAAAAAAAAAAAAAAAAAAAAAAGGUUUUAAAAUACAAUGCAAAUAUGGAAAUUAGCUAUGAAUAUACAUGAAGCCAUAGCCAACUAACAAAAUAAAUUUGCAUAGUUUUGAUCACUUGACAGUUCUAAUUCUUCACAAUACAUAGAAUGACGUCUAGCGCAAUGGAAAUAAUCGAAGCCGCUGCCAAGGAACCUGCUAGUUGCGUACGUCGUUCUCAAUGGCUUCACUGUACUAUAUCAGGUGUGGAUGAAAAAAUGAAGGUCAUUCUGGCUCUUCUGGAAGAUGAUGAUUCUCCCUUGCAAAAUGAUGAAAUAUGUGUAAGAAAAAAAGAAAAUAUCACAAAAGUAGUUCAAGAUCUCUGCAUAUCUUACCGCAACUUAGCAGAGAAAUAUGAAAGCUUAAAAAAUGUUGCAAUAGAUGUUCAUACUUCAGAAUCGUCAUCCCUUUUCAGCAAUAAAAGCAAGAAAAUUUUGGAAGACUUGGGAGCCUGGAAUGAUUCUCAGUUAGAGACUACUAAUUCUAAUCCCGAAUCUUCUGUAGAAGAUGCUGAUACUAAAUGUGAAGGCACUAUGGCUGACAUUGAGCAUAUAAAGAGGACUGCGGAUAGCUUGGUACCCAAAGGUGGAAGCAGUAUUCAGCCAGAAAAUGCCUGGUUUGAUGGAGUGAAGUACAAAUUUUCAAAGCUUGUUGAAGAAAAUACACAGCUGCAGGUUGAGUUGAUCAGAAGAAAUUCUGAGAAAAGAGAGACCAUCAUAAAGCUCCAAACUCAGGUGAGCAGAUUGAGGGUCGAAAAUGAUACCCUGAAGCGUACUCUAAAUUACAAUGAUCAUAACAAACAGCACAUCCAAGAGAGUUCUCCAAGGAGGAAAUCAAUCCUUCUAGACAAGUUUUUCAGAGGAUGCUCUCCGUAAUUUGAUACCAUGUCACGUAAAUAUUCCAUAUUGUAUUGCUGGUAU